CGGCCGUUGGCCCCGCACCCUGCACACCACCACCACCAACCACCACCGCGCGCUCCUCCCUCUACGCCGUCGCGAGGCCGCGGACCGUACCGUACCGUCCAUACAUAUACAUACAGGCAGCCAGGCCUUCUCCUUCUUUCCUUCCACGCCGCGGCCGCCGAGUGCUCCCACCCCGCGAAUCCCGGGCCGUCCGUCCCCAUCGCCGCCGCCCGGCCGGCCGCGCAUUCCGUCCGCUCCGCUCCGUAGCUUAGCUAGGGGCACGCCACUGUACCGCCUACCCCCGGGGCUCCAGGAUUUCCGACCCACCCUCGGGUGGGUUGUCCAGAAGCAUCGGCGACCCGCUCCCGCUCCCGCUCCGUAUAAACAAAUCCACGCCGCACCCUCCCUGUCUGAUCUCACUGCCGCGGACGAGGAGGGCCUGUUGAGCGCAUUUCUCGUCUCCCUUCGCCUUCAACCGCCGGAAGGUCAGGAGGGGGCAUGAGGGACGACGGGCCCGCGGCGGCGCUGGUGCCGCGCCUGGCCGUCUCCAGCGCCAGCCGCGUCGAGGAGCUCGAGCGCUUCUCCCAUUACGUCGCCAGGCAAAUCGGGUUCGACCACGCCAGCGAGUGCCCCCACCUGUGCACGCUGGCCUACGACUACCUGCGCAAGAACAAGGGCUACGAGGACAACAUAUUCGCCUUCUUCCACAACACCGCCGACCCCGGCUCCCUCAUCGUCAGCUUCAUCGAGGAGCUCGACAAGUGCAUACUCGGCUACUUCUCCUUCCACUGGAAAUGCUCCACCUACAUGAUCACCCAGGUUCUGACAGUGGAAGGCGCGCCCAAGAGAAAGCUCAGGAACAUGGUAUUGGAGGCCACUAGGAGUCAGAGAUUCGAAAGGGUCACAAGAAACUUGAAGGUAACUAGGCUAUUCUCCACACUGGUGGAAGAGCUGAAGGCCAUAGGACUAUCUCCCCAAGGUCCGGCACAGUGCAGCGAUGUGAUGGUCCCAGUAGCACAUUGUGAUCGCAGCCCAGUCCUACUCCUGAUGGGUGGUGGAAUGGGAGCUGGCAAGAGCACUGUACUUAAAGAUAUACUAAAGGAAUCAUUUUGGUCUGGAGCAGCAGCAAAUGCAGUGGUGGUGGAGGCAGAUGCAUUCAAGGAAACCGAUGUUAUAUAUCGAGCCAUCAGCUCAAGAGGCCACCACAACGACAUGUUGCAGACAGCAGAGCUGGUGCACCAGUCAUCGAUGGACGCGGCCUCAUCCCUCCUGGUGACCGCCCUGAACGAAGGGAGGGACGUGAUCAUGGAUGGCACGCUGUCGUGGGAGCCAUUCUUCCAGCAAACGGUAGCCAUGGCAAGGGCAGUGCACCGGCAGCGGUACCGCAUGGGCGUCGGCUACAAGGUCACUGAAGACGGGUCGAUCACGGAGGAUUACUGGGAGCCGGUCGAGGCCCGAAGUACCGACGAAGAGAGCGAGAUGAGGUUGAGGAAGCCUUACCGCAUCGAGCUCGUCGGUGUCGUCUGUGAUGCCUACCUCGCUGUUGUGAGAGGAAUCAGGAGAGCGGUGAUCACGGGGAGAGCGGUGAGGGUCAAGUCCCAGCUGCAGUCGCACAAGCGAUUCGCCACCGCGUUCCGCGGAUACUGCGGCGUCGUCGACAACGCGAGGCUCUACAGCACCAACUCCAUGGGUGCCCCAAAGUUGAUAGGGUGGAAGGACGGCGAGAGCAACCUGCUGGUGGACCCGGAGGAGAUCGGGUGCCUGGAGCGGGUGAGCGGCCUGAACGACGAGGCCAACUGCGUGGACGAGCUCUACCCGGACGGGCAGCCGUCGCCGUCGGCGUGGCAGGACCUCGUCGCGUCGCCGUCGAGGGCGUCCGUGCAGCGCGAGCUCAGGGCCGCCGUCCAGGCGAGCGAGGCGCGCUUCCGGGCCGCGUCGCUGGCCGACGGUGCCCUCCGCGGCGACGCGCCGGUACAAACUUUUUGAGUCCGGCGCGUGCGGUGCGAAUCAUCAUCCGUGAUGAGGGCGUUUUCUUUCUCCCUUUCCUUCUUCUUCCUCUUGACACUGUCAGGCUGGGGUUUUCCGUUGGGUUGAGUGGUGCUAAAUGAUGGAUGGCUCGCCGAAGAGGCCGUGCUUUCUGCCA